CCGCGACGUCACGGUAAACACUCAACGCGGAAGUGCGCGAAGACGCACAGAUUUACCAACAUCGUGAUUCUGCGAUACAUUCAUUUAAAAAUGUUUAAAUUUGAACCGUAACAAAUCAUAAGUUCACCUUAACAUCACCGUCAACAAUGACGAAUGUCAAUUUACAGAAAGCCAUUGAUUUGGCAAGCAGAGCCUCGGAGGAGGACAAGGCGAAAAACUACCAGGAAGCUCUGCGCCUCUAUCAACAUGCAAUCCAGUAUUUUCUUCAUGUGGUGAAGUAUGAUGCUCAGGGGGAAAAGGCCAAGCAGAGCAUCAGAGCAAAGUGUGCCGAGUACCUGGACCGAGCGGAGCAGCUCAAGCAGUACCUGAAGAAGAAAGAGAGCGCACCGCCCUCCAAACCUGUCAAAGUUCCCCAGUCUGAUGAGAAAGGAACCGACAGUGAUGAUGGGGAUUCAGAGAAAAAGAAAUUCAAAACUCAACUCCAGGGUGCUAUUGUCAUGGAGAAGCCCAACAUUAAGUGGGAUGAUGUUGCUGGUUUGGAAGGAGCCAAGGAGGCCCUUAAAGAAGCAGUCAUCCUGCCAAUCAAAUUCCCUCAUCUUUUCACUGGGAAAAGGACUCCAUGGAGAGGGAUUCUGCUCUUUGGCCCUCCGGGAACAGGGAAGUCCUACCUGGCCAAAGCAGUGGCUACCGAGGCCAAUAACUCCACGUUCUUCUCCAUCUCAUCAUCAGAUCUGGUGUCCAAGUGGCUGGGAGAGAGCGAGAAGUUAGUGAAGAAUCUGUUCAGUUUGGCUCGGGAGCACAAGCCUUCAAUCAUAUUCAUUGAUGAGAUUGACUCCAUGUGCGGCUCGAGAAACGAGAACGAGAGCGAAGCGGCCCGCAGGAUCAAGACCGAGUUUCUGGUCCAGAUGCAAGGUGUAGGAAAUGACAACGAAGGAAUUCUGGUCCUUGGCGCGACCAACAUCCCCUGGACGCUGGAUUCUGCGAUCAGGAGACGGUUUGAAAAGCGCAUCUACAUCCCUCUUCCUGAGCAGCCGGCUCGCUCCACCAUGUUCAAGCUGCACCUCGGCUCCACCCCCAAUAGCCUCAACGAAGCUGAUUUCAUCGCACUCGGAAAGAAUUCCGAUGGGUAUUCGGGUGCUGACAUCAGCAUCGUCGUUCGCGACGCCCUCAUGCAGCCCAUUCGCAAAGUGCAGUCCUCGACUCACUUCAAAAAGGUCAGAGGAAAGGCAUGGAACAACCCCGAUGAUGACGUGGAUGACCUCUUGACGCCCUGCUCUCCAAACGACCCAAACGCAAUUGAGAUGACCUGGGUGGACGUGCAGAGCGAUAAACUCCUGGAGCCGAUAGUUAGCUUGGAGGACAUGCUCAGGUCACUCGAGAAGACCAAGCCCACCGUGAACGAGGAGGAUCUGGUGAAGCUGAAGAAGUUCACUGAGGACUUUGGCCAGGAGGGCUGAAUUUUUGCAUUAUUGUGGCAUUUAUUUAUAUUUUCCACCAUUAUGUUUACAAAGUUCUUUCUGCAUCUUUUAUUUUUCAAACUCUUCAUUUUCUGACAUUUUCUGGGGGUGAAACAUUUUUUCAACUGAGCUGGCUUGAUAUUGUCCUGAACAUAACCGAUCAGUGGUUAUGAUUUUGAGGAUGAUUAAGCAUCAGCAGCCAUUUGAAACAAAUCAGUUACUAAAGACCUUCUUAACUUGAGGUUUGUUGCAAAUGGACGCUAAAGUUUAUACCAAGACUUUUGGGAGAGGAAAACAAAAGUAUUUUUAUGUACUUUAAUGGCUGGCCACUUUUGUACCUCAUUCCUAAAUAAGACUUUUGCUUAAAAUAAACAAAUAAAUAAUAAAACAUGACACUUAAAUAAUAAUGAAAAAAACUCUUAAAAAAGCUAACCUUAAAUUUACUAAACUUUGAACCAGUAUCAAAGACAACCACAGAUCUGUGAAAAAGUGUUUACAAAAUGUGAAUACAUGUUUUGGGUAAUCAGACGUGUUUAUUUGGCACCUUUGAAGUUUAUUUUUCUACUCUAUUUCUACUUUCAUCUGUAAAUAAAAUGUAUAAACUACC